ACCCCGCCCCUGAAAAAAAAUGAAAAAGCACAUUAUACAAUUUGAUCUGCAGGUGAAACGGGCGCACGUGUUUGCCUUUUGUUGUUUGCGUUUUCAAAGUCAGUGCAGCGGUUUAAACGAUAAGCCAACGUGAUGUGAAACAACAACUGCUAAAACAACUAAAGGACUUCAUCAGGGGCAAGACGUGGACAGUGGUAAACUGGCUAAGUGAAUCUCCAGACUUAAACCCUACAGAGAAUAUUUUUUUACCUACAAUAGAGGAGUUUUGAAAGGCGUAACCCCCAAAACAAUCCAUCCAUCCACGCAUUAUCCAUCCAUCAACCACAUCCAAAAUCCAUAUCCAUCCAUGUCCAUCCAUUGCACAUAUGGACAAUUUAAGAAUCUUCAGUGAACUCAACAGGAAGCCGGACUACCCAGAAAAAACCCACUCAAGCACGGGGAGAACAUGCAAACUAAUCACAAGGCCAGAGCAGAGAUUCGAACCCCGAACCGCAGAACUGUGAAGCACGCGUGCUAAUCACUAGUUCACCGUUCCCCCCACCCAGCAAUAGAAUGUCCAUUUUUCCACACAUUCUCUUUAACAUUGGUCAAACUCGGCAUUUUACAUGCUUUCGGCGUUCGACCUUGGACUUACAUGCAAUGGUGCCUUGAGAAACGAGUGACCCGACUUAAUAACAAACUUGUCUAACUAAACAUAAACCAAAGACAACUAAAUGCGUCUAUGUGUUUGAAACAACCACAUAGCCUCCUCUACCUUAAUGCUAACAUACAAUGAGUAACUCCAAAGGCACACGGGCUAACAAAUUAGCAUCUAUGCGGUAUCUGAAAACAAAUGGUGCAGCAACACAUGCACACAGAUAAUAUAAUACUCACAGGCAUAUAUUCUUUAUCCUCUGUGAAGAAUGACUAAUAUCACUGCAGUACUGAGAAGCCGAGAGAGGAGAUGAGUCUUCAGUACAGUCGUACCCGUAUGUCUGUCUAUAAUACCAGGUAUAAUCGGGCUCUGGUUUGACGACGCAAGCGUGUUUUGUCAAAAAUCUCACAGAUGUCAUGCCAUAUGUCCGAUUAGCCUGCUCGGGCUUCGUUACUCCAGUCGCUCCCAAUACACCCCACACACCCCCCUCCCCGCAGGCCCCAGGGCGUCUCGCUCUUUGUGAUCUUACAUGCAUUGUGCGCUUCGGUAUGCUCGUGACGCAUCAUCGAUCUGAUUCAUCCCGAGCUGCCUCGCUCUGCUGUUUGCCCUCUUUUAACUGUGUUUGUGUCCUUGUCGCGCUGGAUGCGGCGUACGGACGUCAGUGAGGGGCCGACGCCGGGCCGCCGCCCCGGGCUGCUGAGCUGAGCUGGGAGAAGUGGUGCGGCGAGGAUGCAGUGGGUCACCCUGGCCGUGGCCCUGGGGUUCGCGGCGGCGGGUCUGGCCCGAGCAUCGCACAGCGGACCCACCCCCACCCCCACCUCCACGCACACGCCCCUGGUGGACAACUCUGAGGAGGAAGUGGACGAGCCCUGCUUCGAGCCGUGCGCGUGCGAGGUCAAAGAAGGCGUGCUGCACGUACAUUGCGAUGGCCGGGGCUUCACCAACGGCAGCCAGGUGUCACAGUCGUGGGUCCGCCCUUUCAAACUCAACCUCCAGAGGAACUCGCUGAGGCGUCUCUAUAGCAACGGGUUCCAGCACCUUGGCAACGCGGUGUCGAUAAACCUGGGCAACAACGCUCUGCAGGACAUCCGGGUGGGCGCCUUCCACGGCCUGGCCAAGCUGCGACGCCUCUACCUCCACGAGAACAAGCUGGAGGUCUUCAGGAAUGACACCUUUGCCGGCUUGGAGGCUCUGGAGUACCUCCAGGCCGACUACAAUGUGAUUAAACGCAUCGACAGCGGCGCUCUGAGGUUCCUGUACAAGCUGCGGGUUCUGAUCCUCAACGACAACCUGAUCCCCGUCUUGCCUGCUCAUCUCUUCAGAUCUGUGUCGCUGACUCAUCUGGACCUGCGGGGAAACCGUCUAAAGAGUCUGGCGUACGCCGGGACCCUGGAAUACGUGGGGCGCUCCCUCAUGGAGAUCCAGCUGGAGGAGAAUCCCUGGAACUGUGGCUGCGAGGCGGUGCAGCUGCAGCAGUGGCUGGGUCAGAUCCCCUACACUGCGGUGGUGGGGGACGUUACCUGCGAGUAUCCCUUCCACCUUCACGGCAAGGACUUGAGGGAGAUCCCUCGCAAGGAGCUUUGCACUGAGCUCCCAGAUAAAGACCUGCAAGCGGAAGGCGGUAGAGCCUCGGGGGGCACGCAGCCUCAAGACUUGCCCCCUAAUUCCAAGCCCAACCCCCACCCGGGGCGGGUUAGACCGACCAAACCCUCCUCCAUGGUGCACGGCUCCCGUCAAAACACUCACACUUCGUCCACGUCCUCGUCCUCUUCUUCCGCUGAGCGCAGGGACCGCGACCGGCCCCCGCGGCCCACCAAGAAGCCUCGCCCCUCCAGGACAUCACCCACGUCACGCAGCCCCAACCAGAAUCCCCCCGUGGCGGGUUACCAGACCCGGCCGCCCAUCCCCAUCAUCUGUCCGCUGGGCUGCACCUGCAACCUGCACAUUACCGACCUGGGCCUGACCGUCAACUGCAAGGAGAACGGCUUCCUCAACGUGUCGCAGUUGACGCCGCGACCGCUCAACGGACGCAAGCUGUACCUGAGCGGGAACUUGAUCCAGAGAAUCUACCGUACCGACUUCUGGAACUUUUCUAGUCUGGACCUGCUGCACCUGGGGAGCAACCGCAUCUCCUACCUAGAGGAGGGGGCCUUCUCCAGCCUGACUAGCCUGAGGAGCCUCUACCUGAACGGGAACAACCUGGAGAGGCUCAGCCCCGACAUGUUCCUGGGGCUGCAGAAUCUCAGGUAUCUUUACUUUGAGUACAACGAGAUCCGAGAGAUGGACCGGGGAACCUUGGACUCCAUGCCGUCCCUGCAGCUCCUGUUCCUAAACGCCAACCUCCUAAGAACUCUUCCUCUGGGUGUGUUUUCCGGUGUGAACCUGGCUCGCCUCAACCUGAGGAACAACCACCUGCUGCAACUCCCCAUGGAGGGCGUACUGGAGCACCUUACUGGCUUGGUGCAGGUGGACCUGCAGCAGAACCCGUGGGAGUGCAACUGUGAAGCGGCGCCCCUCAAGCGCUGGCUGGAGGGCCUUAGUGCCGUGGUGGUGAUGGGCGAGGUGGUGUGCCACUCCCCAGAAAAAAACAAAGGCGUGGACCUGCGCUCACUCUCCAUGGAGCUGCUGUGCCCAGAGUUGGAGCCCCAGGAGGACCGGGAGGUCACCACAGCCACGGCCGACGGAGGCGCACCGCUCGGCCACCCCGACCCGGAGCCCGGUCCCCUGAUCCCGCCCGGGAAGGAAUCCAUCCCGCUCUCGGUGCUGGUUCUCAGCCUUCUGGUUCUGUUCGUGUCUGCAUUUUUCGCCGGGGCGGCGCUCAUCGCAUACACCCUGCGGCGGCGGGACAAGCUGCCGUUCCGUCGCCAGGGUGAGGUGGACCUGGCCGGCAUCCAGAUGGAGUGCGGGAUCUUCACCGAGGGGACGCACCAUCACCACCAUCACCACCACCACCACCACGGUCUGGCUGAGACGCCACCCCAACAUAACCACGUCUACGACACCAUCUCGGUGGCCAAAAGCCCCGAGUCCGCGGAGCAGAAAAGGGGGGCGUCCGGCGGGUACCGCUCCACGGCCGAGAAAGACAGAGAAUGGACCCUCCGGGUGACCUCGUCCCCCAUCAGCACCGUGGCCGGGGCCGUGGGACCGCUCGCACCCGGCCUCCACGAGAACGGCAUCCUGUGCCCCACUGUGAUAGACAGCCAGGGCCCCACACCCAAGGUAGAACUGGUGGACUGCCUCUUCAGACUCCCCACCCCGGAGUUCCAGGACCUGCGAGACAGGUACACCAGGCCGCCGCCUUGCUACCCUCACCCGCAGGACGCCCAGCUGCAGGACGGCGCCUCCUCUGCCGGGCCCCAGACGCACGUGGUCACCGCAGCCUCCUCCGCAGGCGAGCAGGGCAGCGAGCCGGGCACUCGGCUGAUGACCACGCCGGACUACAUGGAGGUAUUAGACCGCUCCUACCAGUUUUAGCUGCCCACCCCUUUUCUGGAGCUCCUGUACAGAGGCUGGCGAGGGAACCCGUGGGGGGAGACCGCACUUCCUGGAUAACAAGCUGGGUCACUUUUGUGUCCCGUAUACUACUCGUAUCGGCAAGGAUUACCGGUUUCCCGGAUCUCCGCCUGGAGGGAUGACUCGGGCUGCACUUUGGUUGCGGAGGCGUCGAACACCGGCGGCGGCACUUCGCAACAUCAAAAGCGGGAGAGUCGAGGAAAAAACAACAACAACUAAAAGUGCCUUAGCAACGAGCAGCCAGCAAGUGUGGCCAAUGCUUAUUUUUCUAAUGAAUACAGAUCUAUUUAUCUAAACUACUACAGGAUGGAUGGGAUGACCAACCGGAGUGGAGGAGGAGGAGGAGAAUCCCAAAAAAAUACAAUUGGAGUUGUUUAUAUUUUAUGUCAUCCCGUUAAAUUUAUUUCCAGUUGAAUUAGGUAUUAGGCAGCAAAGUACGGCGCUGACGAUGUUAUUAUUGUGAUUAUUAUUAUUGUGUGAAUGCUGAAGAGCUCACUGAGGAAAUCUUGGGAGCUACUUUUCCACAUUCACAAAAUUCCCACAUUGUUCAUCAUUCCACGUUGUCUGCAGCAAAAUUUUACAAAUUUAAUUCAUCCUUCCAGCCAUGAUUCUCGACCAAUUCAAACCAAAUCCAUCGUCAAAAUGUUCAACUCAUUCAGGAGAUCUUAGGAGUUUAUUUUUCCCGUUCCAAAAUUUGCCACUUUGCCACAAAUUCCACAUUUUCCAUGGCAAAAUCCCCAAAUUAAUGGAGGAACCUUCCACAUUUCUCCAUGUAUUCACACCCUUCCAACGUCAACAUUUUCAGCUCCUUCAGGACAUCUUGAGAACUAAUUUCGUAUUGCAAAAUUUCCCACAUUUCCCACAAAAUUCCAGGUUACAUUUUAGAAAUUGACCUUACCUUGACACAUUUCUCACCCAAUUUAAACCAUUAAAACGUCAAAUUGUUUAGCUCAUUUAGGACAUCUUGGGAACUAUUUUCACAUUCCAAAAUUCCCACUUUUCCCCAGAAUUCCAUAUUUUCCAUGAUAAAAUUCUCAAAUCAAUGGAGACAUUUUACAUUUUUCUACUCCUUCCACAUUUCUCAACCAAUUCAAAACAUUCCAGUGUCAACGUGUUACGUCUUCGGAACUAUUUUUCCACAUUCCCCAAAUAACCACAUUUUCCAUGAUUCCAUUUUCCAUAUAUAUAUAUAUAUAUAUAUAUAUAUAUAGUAACAAAUGCAGACAUUUUACAAUUGUACCUAAUCCAUCCAUAUUUCUUGACCGCUUCAAACCAUUCCAACUUCAAAAUACCAAUUGCCAAUUCAGGCCAGCUUGUGAAAUAUUCUUGACAUUCCCUAAAAAUUCCCACUUUUCACCAGAAUUCCACAUUUUCCAUGGCAAAAUUCUCAAGUGAAUGGAGACGUUCCAUGAAUGUUCCUAGUCCUUCUACAUUUCUCAGUCGAUUCAAACCAUUCCAGCGUCAAACUGCUCAGGUCAUUCAGGACAUAAUCGCUUUAUCUCCAGUACUUGAGUCGCUAUUUUGCCACAUGUUAGCAUACCAACUGCUAGCAUGUUAGCGUUUGAUAAUUUCUCAUCAAAAAUAGUCGCUGAAUAAAGAGAUGGAUUAGGAAGGAAGGGUUAGUAUUUUUUUUUCUCCAACAUCUCCACAUUCCCCAAAUUUUUAAAUGUUCUACAGCCUUUCAGUUCACCAUCGGCUCUUUAGCAUUCACACGGCAUUUUGUUGAUAGACAUGGCAUUUUAUUUGUGAGUACUUCAGUUGUGUUUGACUGUUGGCCUGCGAUGGAAGGACACUGCGGUGGUGGAUUCAUUUGGGCUCUCUUCAAGAACCUCGGCUCCAUGUUUUCAUUGAAUUUUCUUUUCUUCUCCAAUAUGGACCAAAAGCAGAACUUUUUUUUUUUUUAACAAAAAGACAAAAAAAAAAAAAAAAAAGGACAAAACCUAUCAAGUAGUGAUGAUUAUCUUUUACCAAGGUACCUUUUUACGUGCUCAUCUCCUACAAAUAGUAGAGGCAGUUGUGAAUAUAUUUAUUCUUUGUUUUUUUUUUGGGGUUGUUGUAAGGGAUCAUGUUACUAUCUUGACUGUAUAGUAUGAUUCUGCAUCUGCUUCAGACGCCUUCUUCUUCUUCUUCUUCUUCUUCUUCUUCUGCUUCCCGCCGACCCGACAAGUACAAUAAAGGGUGCUACGUGA